GUUUUGGGUUUGCUUCCAACGCGAACAGUCCGCCGAUCGAAAACUCAUCUCCAUUUCUCUCGUCCCUGAGCAGACCGCAGCGAAGGAAAGGGUCGCGAAAAACCCUGAAUCUCGUCUCCCGAGCCGAGGAUCAGAUCUCUCUCUCUCUGUCUCUUUCUUUCGUUCUUUCUCUCUCUGUCUCCCUGGCGCUCCGGUGAGAGAAAGCAACAAAGGAAAGCAGAGCAGCCGGUGGUAGAAGAAGAAAAGCAGGGAAAAGAGGCAGUAGAAGCAACCGCGCGGAAGCGAUCGCGCGCGGUGCGAUCGUGCGGGCCCCGUGUUGACGGGUUAGUUGCCUAGUGUGCGCGAUAGCGAGUGCCAGUGCUAAGUAGUGUGCCUAGUGGUGCGCCGGUGUGCCAUAGAAGAGCGAAGCGAAACGAGCGAACCGACGAGUCGACGGCGACGAGAUGAUGGAGAACGGUGGAUACGACGCCGGGCAGUACGGCGGCGACGACGGCUACAUGGAGCAGGAGGAGGAGUGGGAGCGGGAAGGACUGCUCGAUCCGGCCUGGGAGAAGCAGCAGAAAAAGACCUUCACCGCGUGGUGUAACAGCCACCUGCGUAAAGCCGGUACCGCGAUCGAGAACAUCGAGGAUGAUUUUCGUAACGGACUCAAACUCAUGCUCCUGCUGGAGGUCAUCUCUGGCGAAACCCUACCGAAGCCCGACCGUGGCAAGAUGCGGUUCCACAAGAUUGCCAACGUAAACAAGGCACUGGACUUCAUCGCAUCGAAGGGUGUGAAGCUGGUGUCGAUCGGCGCGGAGGAAAUCGUCGACGGCAACCUGAAGAUGACCCUCGGUAUGAUCUGGACCAUUAUCCUGCGCUUCGCCAUCCAGGACAUUUCGGUCGAGGAAAUGACUGCCAAAGAAGGUCUGCUGCUGUGGUGUCAACGUAAGACCGCACCGUACAAGAACGUCAACGUGCAGAACUUCCAUCUUAGCUUCAAGGAUGGUCUGGCAUUCUGUGCUCUUAUCCAUCGCCAUAGACCUGAUCUGAUCGACUACUCCAAACUGUCGAAGGACAACCCGCUGGAGAAUCUCAACACGGCGUUCGAUGUCGCUGAGAAGUAUCUCGACAUUCCAAGAAUGCUUGAUCCGGACGACUUACAGAACACCGCCAUGCCAGAUGAGCGCGCCGUUAUGACAUACGUUUCAUCUUACUAUCAUUGCUUCAGCGGGGCACAGAAGGCUGAAACCGCUGCCAACCGUAUCUGUAAGGUACUGAAGGUCAACCAGGAGAAUGAGCGGCUCAUGGAGGAGUACGAGCGACUGGCUAGCGAUCUCCUGGAAUGGAUUCGUCGUACGAUGCCGUGGCUCAACUCGAGACAAUCGGACAGCACGCUGGCCGGUGUGCAGAAGAAGCUGGAGGAGUACAGAACGUACCGCCGCAAGCACAAGCCGCCACGUGUUGAGCAGAAGGCGAAGCUCGAGACGAACUUCAACACGCUGCAGACGAAGCUGCGUCUAUCGAACCGCCCGGCCUAUAUGCCGACCGAGGGCAAGAUGGUGUCGGACAUCACCAACUCGUGGAAGGGCCUGGAGCACGCCGAGAAGGCGUUCGAGGAGUGGCUGCUGGCCGAAACGAUGCGCCUCGAGCGUCUGGAGCAUCUGGCCCAGAAGUUCAAGCACAAGGCCGACACGCACGAGGACUGGACCAAGGGCAAGGAGGAGAUGCUGCAGUCGCAGGACUACCGCAACUGCAAGCUGAACGAGCUGAAGGCGCUGAAGAAGAAGCACGAGGCGUUCGAGUCCGACCUGGCCGCACAUCAGGAUCGCGUCGAGCAGAUUGCCGCCAUCGCUCAGGAGUUGAACACUCUGGAGUACCACGAUUGUGCUUCGGUCAAUGCGCGUUGCCAGCGCAUCUGCGAUCAGUGGGAUCGCCUCGGUGCGCUGACUCAGCGCCGCCGCCAGGGACUGGACGAAGCGGAACGCAUCCUGGAGAAGAUCGAUCUGCUGCACCUGGAGUUUGCCAAGCGGGCGGCACCGUUCAACAACUGGCUGGACGGGGCCCGCGAGGAUCUGGUGGACAUGUUUAUCGUGCACACGAUGGAGGAAAUCCAGGGCCUGAUUCAGGCGCACGAUCAGUUCAAGGCGACGCUCGGCGAGGCGGACAAGGAGUUUAACGUCAUCAUCGGGCUGGUGCGCGAUGCCGAAGCGAUCGUGAAGCAGGAACAGGUUCCGGGGGGUCUGGUGAACCCCUACACCACGCUCACGUCCGAUCUGAUCAGCCGGAAGUGGUCGGAGGUGCGUGCCCUGGUGCCGCAGCGUGACCAGACGCUGGCCAACGAGCUGCGCAAGCAGCAGAACAACGAGAUGCUGCGUCGCCAGUUCGCCGAGAAGGCGAACGCCGUCGGACCGUGGAUCGAGCGGCAGAUGGACGCGGUCACGGCCAUCGGCAUGGGCAUGUCGGGCUCGCUCGAGGAGCAGCUGCACCGUCUGAAGGAGUACGAGCAGGCGGUGUACGCGUACAAGCCGAACAUCGAGGAACUGGAGAAGAUCCACCAGGCCGUGCAGGAGUCGAUGAUCUUCGAGAAUCGCUACACGCACUACACGAUGGAAACGCUGCGCGUUGGCUGGGAGCAGCUCCUGACGUCGAUCAACAGGAACAUCAACGAGGUGGAGAACCAAAUUCUUACUCGCGACUCGAAGGGUAUCACUCAGGAGCAGCUGACCGAGUUCCGCUCGAGCUUCAACCACUUCGACAAGAACCGAACCGGACGGUUGGCGCCGGAGGAGUUCAAAUCGUGCCUCGUCUCGCUCGGCUACUCGAUCGGCAAGGACAAGCAGGGCGAUAUGGACUUCCAGCGCAUCCUGGCCGUCGUCGAUCCGAACGCGUCCGGCUACGUGCAGUUCGAUGCGUUCCUCGACUUCAUGACGCGAGAAAGCACCGAUACCGACACGGCAGAACAGGUUAUCGACUCGUUCAGAAUUUUGGCAUCUGACAAGCCUUACAUUCUUCCCGAUGAACUGCGCCGUGAGCUGCCCCCGGAUCAAGCGGAGUACUGUAUCCAAAGAAUGCCACCGUACAAGGGCCCGAACGCCACGCCCGGAGCGCUGGACUACAUGUCGUUCAGUACGGCGCUGUACGGCGAGAGCGACCUCUAAAGGAUCGCGAUCAUAUCGUCGUGUGCGUCGGGCGGGCCAAUUCUGGCCAGCAGCCAGUUCGAGUUGCCAUUGGCGUGCGGCGGCGUACAACAAAAUGCACAGAACACUAACGGGACGGCACGGAGGAGGGACAUGUGCGCCGCGCGCAUGUGUCUGUUCGCAACGCGGCGGGGCGCCAUCAACGGGAAUUUCACCUCCACCGCGUCUAUUAUUGCUGUUUUUUAAUAUUAUUAUUUGGAGAGGGGUCGCGCAAACUGUCGGGAGUCGAAGGCCUGUGCCUGGUGUGGCGGCCAUCCGGUUGGGUGUUUCCGGUGUUGUGUUUUGGUCGUGUUUAGUUUUUGUUCAAGAUUCAAACGGUAAGAUCGCGUGCUUGCGUCACGAUCAUGCGUUGCCAGUCGGUUUGCGAACGCGAUUUCUAGAUCUAUUUCGAUACGACACGCAAGCCAAACGCUACUUCGAACGACAAAAUCCCCUGAGUACAGUCAAUAAAAAUGGAGCUCGGAUUAAGCAAGCAAGCACCACCGGAAGCCGAAGACGAAGAAAGAGUCAGGGGUUGCACAGGUUCGACAGGAUCAGGUGUGUUUUUUGGGUGGGUAUAGGAAAGGGCAAUGGAAGCGACAGAAAACACUCGGGCUUUGAUGACGAUGAUGAUGAUGAUGAUGAAGGGCAACCAUUUUAUUUUAUUGCAUAUUUAUUACGAUUAUGAUUACGCGAGAUUAUUGCUACUAUUAUUGUUAUUAUUAUUUUCGGUUUUCUUCAACAAGAUGAUGAUAAUGAUGAUAUGAUAGUGAUGAUGAUGCAGAUGGAGAGAUGAUGGUGAUCGUCGACAAACAAAAACAAACAGAUCAAUUAAUGAACUCUUUGGAAAUUUUAUUUAUAUAAUAAAAAGAAACACACACACUCAAAGGAACAACGCAAACAAAAAAAUAUAU